AUGGUCUAUUUGACCGAUCACAACUCUGCCAACCGUUUGAUACAGAGCGAAAUAGUCAAAACUUAUGGAUAUAAGGCCUAUGUCCCGAAACAUCUUUUAUCAGUAACAGGGGUCAUCUCGGACGUCCCAACUGAGAUAAACAAUAAUGACAUCCUACAGGAUAUUCAAAGCGCGGUUCCUGUAAUGGAUGUUUACAGGCUCAAUCGUUUUGAGAACAAUAAGCCCACACCAACCAAUCGGGUUAAAAUCACCUUUCGGACAAACCGUCUUCCGGAGACAAUCAAGCUGUACUGCUGCGUACUCAAAGUAACUCCAUACUACCGUAAAGCAAUAUUGUGCCUCAAUUGCUUACGGUACAACCAUAAGGCUGAAGACUGCAGAAGCGCCAAACGAUGUUCCACCUGUGGAGAGCAGCACCUAGAUGGAAAAUUCGACGAUUGCCAAAAGAAACCCUUCUGCCUAUAUUGCAAAGCAGAACACAGCACAACCGACGUGAAGUGUCCGGAGAAGACUCGCCAGAACACCUUGAAAGCAGUAAUGGCGAAACACGGGCUUACAUUCCUGGAAGCCAGAGAAAAAUUUACAAUACCAACGUCCAACCAGUACAAUGCGUUGUUAGAAUUUGUAGAUUCACCAACCCCACAGGAGAGCUUCGCCAAAACAGUUACCAAGAAUGUCCCAAUGAGAAAGGUGGAAAAUAAACGACAUCCCAUAGCACAACCCGCCUACAAAGUCAACGACGAACUUUCCCGUAAGCGCGCCAGGAGUGAUAAAGAGCCAGAGAUAACGGGAACCUGUUUGAAUAACCCGGAGAGAGUCGGAGACAAGGAACGAUGGGUAACAGCACUGACGGCAGGUAAGCGCAAAGAAAAUAAUACGACAGGGGAACAGUUGGAGAUAGUUCAGAAAAAAGUAAGACAGCAGUCGCAGCAAUCUGAUCCGCAACUACCCAAAAAAUACCACCUUAUUGACAUUCAGGAGCACAUCAUGAGGCUUUACACUGCAAUCAUGAACGACGCUCAGGCCAAAGGCAAGGUCCGGGAAAACAUUAAAGAAAUUGCGAAACAAUUCUUACCUUUUGAUAUGAUCCAUAACCCUGAAAUUUUAGAAAAUUCUACCACCCAAUAA